GCCAGCCCGGUCUUUCCCAGCCUGGCCCAUCCCGUGUGUGGUGCUCGUGUUUCCCCCGCCUGGUCGCGGAGAGUCGCUGCGGCUGCCUGUCGAGGGGGCGCUCGGUUUUCAGGUCGUCAUGGCUGGUUACGAAUACGUGAGCCCGGAGCAGCUGGCUGGCUUUGAUAAAUACAAGUACAGUGCUGUGGAUACCAACCCACUGUCUCUGUAUGUCAUGCAUCCGUUUUGGAAUACUAUUGUAAAGGUAUUCCCUACUUGGCUGGCUCCGAAUCUGAUAACAUUUUCUGGUUUUCUACUGGUUGUAUUCAAUUUUCUAUUUAUGACAUACUUCGAUCCUGACUUUUAUGCUUCAGCACCAGGUCACAAGCAUGUACCUGACUGGGUUUGGGUCGUCGUUGGCAUCCUCAACUUUGUAGCCUACACUCUAGAUGGUGUGGAUGGAAAGCAAGCCCGCAGAACCAAUUCCAGCACCCCCUUAGGGGAGCUUUUUGACCAUGGCCUGGAUAGUUGGUCAUGCGUCUACUUUGUUGUAACUGUCUAUUCCAUCUUUGGACGAGGACCCACUGGUGUCAGUGUUUUUGUCCUUUAUCUCCUGUUGUGGGUAGUCUUGUUUUCUUUCAUCCUGUCCCACUGGGAAAAAUAUAACACAGGGAUUCUUUUUCUGCCGUGGGGAUAUGACAUUAGUCAGGUGACUAUCUCUUUUGUCUACAUAGUGACUGCAGUUGUGGGAGUUGAGGCCUGGUAUGAACCUUUCCUGUUUAAUUUCUUAUAUAGAGACCUAUUCGCUACAAUGAUUAUUGGUUGUGCAAUAUGUAUGACUCUUCCAAUGAGUUUAUUAAACUUUUUCAGAAGCUAUAAAAAUAACACCUUGAAACACAAUUCAAUCUAUGAAGCUAUGGUUCCCUUCUUUUCUCCAUGUUUGCUCUUCAUUUUGUCUACAGUGUGGAUCCUCCGGUCACCUUCAGAUAUUUUAGAGAUACAUCCUAGAUUAUUCUACUUUAUGGUUGGGACAGCAUUUGCUAACAGCACAUGUCAGCUGAUCGUUUGUCAAAUGAGUAGCACCAGGUGCCCGACUCUGAAUUGGUUGCUGGCUCCUCUUUUCUUGGUUGUCAUGGCAGUGAACUUGGGAGUGGCCUCUUACCUUGAGAGCAUUCUCCUGUAUACAUUAACAGCUGUCUUCACUCUGGCUCACAUCCAUUAUGGAGUAAGAGUGGUGAAGCAGCUGAGCAGCCAUUUUCAGAUUUACCCCUUCUCAUUGAGGAAACCAAACUUCGAUUGACUAGGAAUAGAAGAAAAGAAUAUUGGCCUGUAAUCUUCAAAAAGAAGUACUGUAAAUAGAUGCUUGUAAAUAUCUCAUCUAUCACCAUUGAACCAAACUGAUCUGCUUGAUAGACGUGGGAUUUCAAUGUGUAUGGUACCUGGACAGCAGGAACGGAACAUGAUCUGCUUGAUAGACGUGGGAUUUCAGUGUGUAUGGUACCUGGACAGCAGGAACGGAACAUGAUCUGAGCUUGUGGAACUUUGGACUUUUGAACUCCCAGCUAACUUUAUUUUUUAUAAAACCAUGUGACAUUUGGGUUAAGUAUAAUAAUGUACCUUAGACCAGCAGAGUGUUCCUAGUGAUUUUAACUUCAUGAAUCCAUAAUGUCUUUGUUUUUGUUUUUUUAAAGAGAACCAAAUUGAUUUAGGAACACUGAUUUACAUUCAGAAAAUCCCAUGUUUUCAUAGUUGGUAUUUUAUAACAGGUCUUUAGCUAUGGAAAAUAUCAGUAGUCCAAACUAACAGAGAAAGAGACAAAAAUAAGUCACCUUCAGCCAGAGAUGCCAAUGGUUGCAGAACAAUACUUGCCAAAUUGGUUUCUGUUUUUUCCAUGGAAAUGCCUUUGUCUUCACAUACUAAAAGAGUCUCUAGUAUUCUAUUACUGAACAGAUCUUGGUAAAUGGUCUGUUUUUCUUGUCAUGAGAAAUAUUCUGUUGAUACUUGGUACAGAAUGGGUUUUGAUUAUAUCUCAUCAGUUGGCACAGUGCAUUGCUUAAGUAUAGCAACCCUCCACUGAUGGUUUCAAAGAGGGUUGCUGGGAUUGGCUAUCACUGAGCUGUGACUGAGAAUGUAUAUCUGUCCCAGCCUAACAGGUAACUGCUUGUGAGGAAUGUAAAUGAAGUACCUUCAAAGAAGAAAUGGAAAUUGGAACUAGGAAUCUCAUGAAUUUCACUAGGACUGAAAUUUGUUGUCUUGACUCAGUUUGUCUGUUCCUCUUAGUGUAUUCUCCUCUUGGGGGAUGAGGUGCUGGUUUGUUUUUUUUCCCCCCAUACAGAAUAAAGCAGAGAGAAAAAAUCUCUUCCUUGUCCAUUUCCCUCCUAGAAGAACCUUUUGAUAUUUAUGCCUUACUGGGUACUUAUUCCCAAUAUGACUCAGAGUAAUUUUUUAGGUUUACUAGCAACAAAAAUCCCUUUAACUUUAUUGAGGUUUAUAAAUCACUUAUUUUCAUGAAUGUAGAUAUUUUCUUCUCUUUCCUUUUGAUUUUGUCUUCAUUUAGUUUGGUGGUGGUGAGACUUUUCUUGCUGAUUUUCUUUUAUUUUUCCACUUAAUGAAGUUUGUGCUUGAAUGAAGAGUGUAUCUAAAAUCCUUUUAAUUUUUUGGACAGGUUGCACUUGGAUAAAGUAGGCACCACUAUGUUAAUAUGUAAUUAAAUUUCAUAACCUUUAUUUAUCUAUGAAUAUGGCCAUUGUUAAAUAUUGUAGUUUUUGUUAUAUUCAGUUUUCUGCUUUGUAAAAAAAAACAACUGUAAUUGAUACUUUAAUUUUGAAAUGUUAAGUUUUGAUGGUUGUCAUCUAGAUUAUUAGAAAAGAGUCAAGGAGCUAGCUUGCUUCUGUGUUCAGUUUUAAAAAUUGUUUGUGAAAGUUUAGGUGUAUGUGAUGACUUCUCUGAGACAAAACUGAGCCCUGAAAAUACAUGAGAAAUGGAUGCAGGACCGUGGUGGGCAGUGAUUCUGUGUUUGUUAAUAAAUUGCCCUCAUGGAGGUCAGAGAACGAGCAUUUAAGUGAUGGGAGAUAGUGUAUUAACUGGUUCUGUGCCAUCUGUCAACACUGCACUGCAGAUAGUUAAUUUGGAGUAAGGAGGAGUUUUGUUUUAUAGUUUCUCAGCUAAUCAUUUUACUGUUUUAUUGACUCUGAAUACAAGAAUGAGAUUAAUUUUCCCACAAGAACUGAUAUUUAUAAGAUGACAAAUUUGGACCAAUGUUUUUCUCUUAUACAAUAUAGUUUUUUAAAAAAUUUAAUUCUGGCAUUAGGGUCAUAGCCUAUAAUUUGGGGGCCCUCUUUUUCUUUCUCUUUUUUCCUCCUCUUUUUGAUGCUGGUGCUUGAGUUCAGAGCCUGG